UGUGUUGACGAAAACAGAAAAUCACGGGUAUAAAGCAAGUCCUGACAAUCUAAAAUUUCCUAGUUGGUUCCUCAAAAAGUUUUUAAUCAACUUAUAUAAUUUUGAAAAACUGUAAACAGUGUAAGUAUGCAUGCAAUGUUUUGAUUGAACCUGCAAUUUCACUCUGGGCUCUAGCCGAAGGGGGCUCCUCCCUAUACACAUCGCUGAGUAUGACACACGUAAUUUUUCAUCGAAUUUUUUAUAAUUUUAAUUUUAAUUUUUUGUCUCAGACGAUAUCUGACAGAACAGUACAGGAGUCAUCACUAGCUCUGCUAUCUGGAAAAAUAUUAGAAGCCGAAUCCAUUUUGCUGAGAAAUGGAUCCACAUUUAAAGCUAUCAUGUUUAACGUACAUAUACAUAACUGGAGUAGAGCUUUGGAAUUAGCAAUAAAACAUAAGAAAUACCUAAACACGGUUAUUUAUAAACGGAGAAAUUAUUUAGAUUUUUACAAAAAAGAAGAAACAAAUGAUAAGUAUUUAAAAUACUCAAAUAUAGAAAUUGAUAAUGAAGAAGUCUUGAGAGAAAUUGAAAUCGAAAACGAAAAACAACAUUCGUAAAGUAUGAGAUACCUACUUAUUCUAUGAUGUAUGAAAUAUGAAUGUACGAAUUACCUAUACGUACUGCAUUAUUACAUCUUGUUAAAUCCUUAAAUAUCUUUAAAUGUGGAUAAUUAUUAACAUUCACACUUGCCACUAAAAAUUGUUGUUUUUUACAUUUUGGUUGUUGCAGAAUCAUCCCAUCUCACUUCUCGUAAUGCUACACACUUCAUUUCAUACCUCUCUACUUCCUUAAUUAAAUCCGUAACCGCUCCUGGUUUGUACUGAGUCCGUACAUUCCAGGUACCAAUAACAAAGCCCAAUUUCCUAUUUCCCGUCUUUUUUCCAAAAAAUCUACUCCGAGGCUUCAUGUAUGAGUCCUGAACAAAAGUUUUUUACAAGGUCGAGUUGUUAGCCCGACGCCUGGAAGACCAGACUACCCCAGCCAAUCAAGGCCAUGGUAUAGGGCUACUGCAAUGCACUGUCGUGCAUUGGGCGAUGGGCCCGCCGCUUUCCCUAGUGUUUUCAAACGUUACCUAAUAGUUGUGUAAUAUUAUGAUUGAUAGGCAUGAUAGCCAGUAAUAAUGACCAAAGAGUCCAGUUUUUCUUGUGUUAAAGUCUAGUCCAUACUAGUUUUUAUACAUUAAAAUUAUAAGCACAGAAAAUAAAAGUCCUCUAUUUCAAUUCGUGUAUGGUGCAUUGCAUAUAGACAUAAGUAUUUUUUGAAUACUACAAAGAAUAUUACAAAAAAAUAUUUUAUCUUUACCAUAGAUAAAGUAUAUAUUAUCAUCUAAAGCAUGGGGGCACGGCCAAAACAACCAAUACACAUCAAUAAUUGUUAGUCAUUUUUAAAAGUUAUAAAAUCGAGAAUCAGAGUUUAAGUUUUUUUUUGGUCGUCCUAAGAACAUUUUUGAGCGUCUGUCACAAUCGCUGUAAGUUGUAAGAAUUAUUCCAUGUUUAUAACGGCCUGAUGAGGUUCUAUAAUAAUGUGCUCUAAUCUAUGGUAUAUAGAUGACCAGGUCAAAUGUAGGUUCAAUUGGAAACUGUAUUAUUUGUUUUAACCAAUAAUAUAAAAACCGAUGUUAUGUACAGCCCCAGUGGCGUCGGAGAAGGGAGGCAGUACUUGCCCCCUCCUCAGGAAAAAUAGUUCCUGCGCCACUGUCUGUGAUUAGUCUUAGCUAAAAACACUAACCGAACUAAAAUCCUGCGUACGUUACAGGUUACGCAGUUACGGCCAGACGGCCUACUACUUAGGUACCUAUAUAACCUAUAUUAAUAUAUUAUACAAUAUAGGCUAUAGCUGCUCCCGAGUCCCGAUUACCCCCAGUCGUCUGCGAUUAUGCUGAACAUGUUACAUAAUAUUGUAUAGAUUGGUUGAAUUUUUGGGUCACCAUUUUUUUAAAAAUUGACAAUUGUAUGAGUCAUUGUAAGUUCCACUUUACGGAGUAAAUAUUUAUCUUAUUAACGAUCACGGUUUAAAAUAUAUAUUAGGUAAGCAUAAAAUACAUUUUUGAAUCUCCCUGGGCCAUCCCCAAUCAGCCUCAACCAACGAACCGGUCGUCCGACUGCACUGGCAACUACGUCUUACAAUCAUGAAUAUUCUCUAAUCAUCUGAUCUGUAUGCUUAUUGACUAUUUAUCUUACAAGUUACAACCAGGA